GGUGGUGGCGAGGACCGGGCAGGGCUGAGGCCAGCUGGAGCCAGGUUCAGAAACCCUGACUUGAGCAGGGCUGGGGUCCCUCUGCAGGAUGUAUGGUCACAUCCAGCUGGCCAGCAAGCUCUCUUCCGGCUGUGACUACGCCCUGUUCAAGGAUGGCAUUGAGCCCAUGUGGGAAGACAGCAAGAACAAGAGGGGUGGCCGCUGGCUCAUCAGCCUGGCCAAGCAGCAGCGCCAUAGUGAGCUGGACCGACUGUGGCUGGAGACGCUGCUGUGUUUGAUCGGGGAGAGCUUUGCGGAGCACAGCAGAGAGGUGUGCGGGGCCGUGCUCAACGUCCGCACCAAGGGAGACAAGAUCGCCGUGUGGACCAGGGAGGCCGAGAACCAGGCAGGCGUGCUGCACAUCGGGCGGAUAUACAAAGAGCGCCUGGGCCUCUCCACCAAGACCAUCAUCGGCUACCAGGCCCACGCUGACACAGCCACCAAGAGCAACUCCCUAGCCAAGAACAAGUUUGUGGUGUGAGGACACCGGAGCCUCUGACUGCCAUGGUGGGGGUGGGAGGCAGGGGGCUCGAGCCUUACCCAUCCCGGAGUGAA